AUCGAAGUUUAUGGAAGGGUCUAUUUACUCAGCUUGAAUGACGAAUGUCAUAAGGUAGAAUGACGCAUAGCCGAAAGCCGAAUGCAGCAAGCAUAAUACGACGCGACAUCUGGUGUAAUAAUAUGUGACACCCAAAUUAUGCUAACAGGUGGCGCUACAGUUAUAUUCUCGGUAAAGUCCGUAUUGCGGUUCGGAUUCAGUUUACCAAGUUACGUCCCUUUGUUUUAAAAUUUCCAUUUCCACUAUGGAGGAAAUAAGGGAAAACCAUGAGCAGACGGAACUUUCGCAUAUAAAAUCUGCUAUUAGAGACAGAAUCAUCCAGGUCGCUAAUAAUGUUGGCAAUUUCCGGACUGAAAACAUAGAAUAUGAAAUAGACUCAGUAAGGACAUUACUAACUCAGUUGUCCUAUCAUGUAGAUGUAAAUAUGAGUUUUGAUAAAGUUAAUGAAGCCUUUGAUAUCCUUAUGAGUGCUGAAUCAGAAGAGUCUGUCUGUCAGAAGAAACCAAAUUUAUUGUAUACUUCUGCAAAAGGCCGACCUUCUUAUAACAUUCCUGAGGAGACACUUUUAUAUUUUAUUGAAAAAGGAUUUACAUUAAAGCAAAUGUCGGAUAUGCUGUCAGUCAGUACAAGAACAGUCAGCAACAGAAUGGAAGACUAUGGGCUUUCAAUAAGGCAGUCAUACUCUUCCAUAAGUGAUGAAGAACUGGUGGCAGUAGUUCAGCAGAAAGUGACCCAAUUUCCUUCCAUUGGAUACAAGUCAGUUAAAGGACAUUUGAUGUCAGUAGGCAUUCGAAUAACGGAAUCACGCAUUUGCAGAAUAAUGAGAGAAGUUGAUCCACUUGGCGUUAUGCUUCGCAAUGUUCUCUGCAGGACAUACACGAUCAGGAGACGGUCAUACUCAGUGCGAGCACCAAUGGCAUUAUGGCAUGUGGACUCUAACCAUAAAUUGAUAAGAUGGAGAUUCAUCUUUCAUGGUGGCAUUGAUGGCUAUUCAAGACUUCCUGUCUACCUACAAGUAGCUGCUGACAACACUGCUGCUACAGCUUUCACUUCCUUUCAAAUAGGUGUUCAGCAGCAUGGCAUACCAGAACGUGUCAGGACAGAUAAAGGCAUGGAAAACAUCAGAAUAGCUGAAUUUAUGCUUCAGAAUCAUGGUGUUGAGAAAAGAAGCCAUAUUACUGGCAGAAGUGUACAUAAUCAACGAAUUGAGCGGUUCUAGCGGGAACUGUGGCAGGGAUGCACCUGCACCUACUAUGAGCUAUUCCGUACAAUGGAACAGGAUGGAAUUCUUGAUGUAGACAACGAUGUAGACAACGAGGUCAACCUCCUUUCUCUUCACCUUGUCUUUCUGAAGAGGAUUCAAAGUUCAGUGGACCAUUUUGUACAUGCUGUUUCCAAUCGACCACUACGGACAUAACACAAUAAAACACCGAUGCAAAUGUGGAUUAUGGGACAAUUCUUGGACCCAAAGAUUCAGCUUACUGCUGAGGAAUCAGAGGUUUAUGGCAUGGACUUUGGUAUUCCUGAAUCUGUUUGCAAUGAUGAUGAAGAAAGUAUAGUUGUACCACAACUGUUACAAGUGCCGGAAGUGAACUAAAAAUAAUCCUGAGGCUGAGAUAAAUGCAAUACUUGAACAGCCUGUUGACACACCAUUCAAAGUACAAACGUACAUGGAUGUAUGUUCUCUCUUUGAAUCCAUUUGAUUGGUUUUCAUAAAAAUAACAGAUAGCUCACACAAGUUUUGCAAAAACAAAGGGACAACGAAAACAAGUACUCUUAAGUUGGAAGUUUGAAGUCUUGCAUUCUUGGUAUACAUAAAUGAAUAAGAUAUCACUACAGUACAAAUUCAUGUGGGCAGUAUAGUGAUGAUUGAUUGUAUGAUAUUGCGAUAUUGCAUGCACUAUGAGUUGUCCAGCUUUUGUUUUAUUUUUACUGUUUAACAGGCCAGUGGUCUUCAUAUUUCAUAUACAAUAUUUUUCUAUGGUAACAUUGAUUACUUUUAGUCAAUGUAAACAAUAAGAGCUGUAAAUUGGACCGAUUGUUUGGCAUGUUGUGCAAUGAAUGGAAAUAAUUAACAAUAUUUGAAUGGUGUUUUGAAUGCAAGUCUCACUAACCUCUCAUUGUCAUUUGUGUUUAAUUUAAAUUUCAAACAAAGCAGAAAAAACUUGCGAUUGGAUUGUCAAAUGUUAUGUUUUCCUCACAUUUAAAAUUGACCAAGUUAAAUAACUUUUGUCUGACUUUAUCCAACUUAUCUAGGCACUUUCCACUUUAGACUUGGGUAAGGCCAGGGUGUCAGCUGAAUAGUUAAGCAUAAUAGCCAGGUCCUAACUUUUUAUGUUAACCAUUUUGCACAACAACAUCACAGCUGUGACAAUUAAAUUGGAAUAGCCUUUUUUAUAUAAAAGUACAGCAUAACACAAAGAAACACUUUACAUGGUUUAAGAUUUAUUACAAACAUGAUGAGUUUUUAAAUAUCAUAUAUGUUAAGUUGUGCCUUGUCAAAAGCCACGUAUAUCAGAUCAAGCAGUAUCAUCUUGGUGAUUACAAACAACAAGAUAUGCUUAAAUACAGCCACAUCUGUGGCGAAAGUGAAACUGUUUCAUUAGAUAAUGGAUACAAAUGUUUAUCACUUGAAUUAUGUGCCUUGUCAGUGAAGGAGGGCUAUAUGCAAUGUUUUGUAUGUAGUUAUAAAAACAAUAAGUACA